GUUGAGGCUGUGUGAGCACUGCUCAGCCGUGGCCAAAACACUGGUGGGUUAUCAACACCUUUGUAGUCACCAACACGGAGGAUACCCGCAGAGCACCGCAGGGGCUGCGGGGGGGGGGGAGAAGUGAAGUAACACCAUCCCUGCCAGAGCCAACGCAGAGACGUGCAGACAAUGAUACUUGACGACAGAGAAAAAGCCGAUUAGAAAUGUGGUUCACAUAAAAGUGAAUUAUUGAACGCUCUCUUGUAAAGUAUUCAUCUUUGGCUUAUUGAGCCUCUUUCCCCCGUGUGAAAAGACACGGGGAAAUGAUGGAUUAGGAAAGAACGUUACGACAGGAGAAGACUUGACUCCCUAGUUUUCCCUUGAACCGUGGAAGACCAAAGCAGUAGUGGCUCCUUCCUCGGAGCAGGGGUUGUCUUGAGACAUCUCCGGUGACAGUAAGGCGCCUCGGGACGAAGGGGUGGCAGAGGCGGGGACGAACGCCGAUUCUCCACGUACGCUGAAGACACCGCUACGUCAUUUAAAAAAGAUGGCAUGGACACUCCCGCUGCGGUGGGAGCACGCAGCCAGCCUGCAGCAUGGAUGCCAUGGAAUAUGCCCAGCUUAUGCGACAAGCUGGAAACCAGGAUUUUAAAAAUGGAAAUUACUCUUUGGCCAUCAGAAAGUACGAUCAAGCUCUACAUAUGCUCGGUUGUUUAAUGCAGUGGGUCCCGUGUUCCAGGGACAUAGCUGUGUUACACUGCAACAAAUCAACUGCCUUGUACAGUCUUGGUAAAUGGAGAGAAGCAGUGUUUUCAGCCUACCAGAGCUUACACUGGGAUCCGGAGUAUGUUAAGGCUUAUUACAGAGCUGGCCACUCCUUAAUCAUGUUAUCAGACUCUUAUGAGGCAAUUUCUAUGUUUCAUAAAGGUUUGAUUCUCCUAAAUGCUUCUGCAGAUCGAACUCAAGUUGCUGAUUUUGUAGCAGGAAUCUUCAUGAGUGUCAACGAUGAACGAGUCUUCCCACCAACUUUUCCACCUGCAUAUGAUUAUGUUUUCAGUGCAAGGUUUGAUGCACUGACUUGGCAAGCGGUGAUAGAAAGGUUGGCCCAGAAAGGGAAGUGGCGGUCUUGUCUGUUGUUGUUGUCAGAGAAGAAAGAGUUGCCCACCAAUCUCAGAGUCAACCAGUUAUCACUGAAGAAUCUCUUUGAGACUUCUGAGUUGUAUGGGCAUGGCGAGAAGAUGCAAGAAGUAGCGGAGUUAGUCAAGUGGCUAAUUUCCAUUGGGGCAAAAGUUGAAACCAUUGGAGUGUAUCCGCUUCAUGCUGUUAUCAGACUGUGUAUCAAAGCAAGAAAGAACCAUCUCUUCAGGUGGUUACUGACUCAGAGGCCAGACUUGAAGGAUAGGCUCAACCAGCAAGACAGAGAUGGGUGUACCCUCCUGCAUAUUGUGGCAUCUUCCAGUGAAUAUUCCCAGAAACGCAGCCAAACAGAAGAUGUGAUCAUGCUCCUGAAUUUUGGGGUUGAUCCCACUGUUCCAGAUGUGCGGUCAAGAUAUGUCAUAGAUAUCUUGAAAAAGAACAAAAACUUCGAUGCUGUAAAAGCAGUCAGCAAUCACAUUGAGAAACACCCUUCCCCUGAGAAAUGGACAGGGGGGAAUGAAAGCAGAGCCAUAGCUGAUACAGAUUCUCUCCUGGAUGUUCUUGAACAGUUUGUCCAGUUCUACAAGUUUGAAAAUGGAGCAUAUCAUAAAAAUGUCUUGAAGGAAGAUGCAGUUAAGCGAUUUCUGAAACUGCUAUCUUCUGUGAAAGAAAUCCCUGAAGGGGUGGUUUGUAACAUCUCUCAUGCCUGCGCUAACAGCUUCAUAAAACAGUUGCUGGAGAAGCAAAUGUGGCAUAAAGUUUUGCUGCUGCUAACAGGGAAAGCCAGUGGGGAAAAGCCGUCAGGUGGAGGACUCUUCAAAAACUGCAGUCUUUCAGAUGUUGACAUCGGCAACGUUAUCCAACAGUGUGACAGAUCGGAUAAGCAAGUGCACCUCAUAAGAUGCUUGAUUGAACGAGGAGCUCUGCCAGAUGGGAUUGGAACCAACUCUGAAAUACCACUGCAAAUAUGCCUCAAAAAGAAUUAUUUUGAACUAGUGUAUUUGCUGCUGACCAAAGGUGCAGAUCCUCAAAAUGUCUCCAUUGCACAAGGAGAUACUCCUUUGCAUGCUGCAGUUUCCAUCUGUUUAAAUAAUAGAGAUGGCACUGGUUUAAACAUCCUGAACUAUCUGCUUGACCUCUUUGCUUCAAGACCUUCUGACUUUCCAUAUCUUAAUCCAAACAUACAAGAUGACAAUGGAAAUACAGUGAUGCAUGUUGUUUUUCAGAGAGGAUUUUCAAAACAGGCUAAGAGAAUAAUGGAGUCAUUGGCAAAAUUUGAUGUUAACUUUAAUAUAAAAAACAAAUUAGGAAGAGAUGUGAGGCAUAGAAUUAAAAAAAAUGACCCACUGCUACUUGCCUGGAAUAAUGCUACACUGGAGAAAAAGAAGUACCGGCAGGAUAUAGCAGGGCAGUCAGUUAAAACAUCUAAGCCCAUUCCAGCCUCUGAGAUUUCACAGCCAAAGAGCACAGGGCGUUCUUCAUCUGGGUCCUCAUUAAAGGCACCAUCUGGCAGUGCAGUGCAUAAUGAUUUAAAAACCCCGUGUUCUGUAAAGACAAAAAAAGAUCAGUUGGCAAAGCAGGAAACAGAAGGAAUAAAUAGCCCCUUAACGCUGCAGGAAAGUCUAGUGCAGGCAAUCACAGCUUUAAUUCAGCAAUUAAAAUUGGGUGACACCCUGAGAAAGGAUCAUCCUCUGGUACAAAAGCCAUCUUCAGCCAAGACUAAUUUGGAAGAGGGAAGAAGUGAGUCCUUGCAACCUUGUGGAAGCAUAGCUUAUCCUGAAGGAAAUGGAGGUGAUUGGGAGAAAAAGAAGGGAGCAGGGGAAUUUAGUAUGGACCUGCCUGAUGGAGAGAAGGAAGAACCAGAGGAAGAGAAGGGGAAGAUUCCGGAUAUUGAGGCAUAUGUGCAGGAGUUUGAUAAUAUGACCUGGGAAAUAGAGUGCACUCCUGAAAUGCUGAAGACGUUGGGCAGCAAAGCUGUGCCUCAUUAUCUGAAAACUAAAACUAUAAUGACAAUUAAGCAACUUGGCAAUGGGGAAUGGACUAGGGGCCUUCAGAAGCCACUGAAACACUUGAAAGCUGAUAUCCAGCUGUAUGAAGCCAAGUUGGGCAAAGGUGCAAGAAUGCUAUGGGAACUUGCAAUUGACUUUUCUCCUCGUUGCAGCGAGAGUGCGGAAAAGAUCAUGGAGACAGAACAGAGAAAAUGUCUUCCAGAAAAAUCUGGUAGAGUUUACACGGAAAUAAUCAGAAUUUGGGCCAUUGUUCUUGACCACUGCAAGCUGAACCGUGUCUUAGAUAAUAUAUGUAUUUCCUACAAUCGUGGUUUAUCCUGCAUCUUGAGGAAAAAGCUCAAGGGCAUAAAUGAAGGACGUCAGAACCACAAUGUGACAACACAGAAGCGUGUUCCACGUUGUUAUGUUGAAGACCCAGAGGCAGAAAAGUCAAAAGAACAUACCAUACCUGAGUAUUUCCCUCCAGCCAGUGCAGCAGAGUUGGAAUACAAUAUAAUGAAAUUUCACAGCUUCAGUACUAACAUGGCACUUAACAUUAUAAAUGAUGUACAUUCUUCUGUUGAAUACCCUUUCAGGGUUGGGGAGUUGGAGUACGCAGUAAUUGAUCUCAAUCCAAAGCCCAUGGAACCAAUCAUUUUAAUAGGGCGAAGCGGGACAGGAAAGACGACUUGCUGCUUGUAUAGGCUUUGGAAGAAAUUCUAUUCGUACUGGGAAAAAUCCACCUUGGCAAAUGGUCCUCUGCUGGAGAGGCAAACGUGGCAGCAAAGACAGUGCAGUGAGGUUGAAAAAGCUGGGUUAGAGAAGGAAGAGAGAGAACUAAAACAGGACAGUGAUGAUUCAAGUGAGGAACAGAUGAGCGACGAGCAAGACCGGGACAGCGAGGAUGAAAAUUUUCCUGCAGGCACAGCUGGUGCAGAAAUGAAUUCAUGUGAUGACCAUGAAGAAGACGAAAUGUAUAGUGCGGAAGCAUUGAACAGGCUGGAGAACCUGCACCAGAUCUUUGUGACAAAAAAUCCCGUCUUGUGCCAGGAAGUUCAGAAAAAUUUCAUUGAACUUAGCAAGUCUUCCAAGGUAACCAGUCACUUCAAGCCUCUGGAUCCAAAUGUUCACAAGCUACAAGACAUUAAAGAUGAAAAUUUUCCUCUGUUUGUCACCUCCAAGCAGUUAUUGCUGUUACUGGAUGCAUCCAUGCCUGACCCAUUUUUUCCAAGAAACGAGGAUGGAAGCCUUAAAAGAAUCAUUGUUGGUUGGAGUCCUCGGGAAGACUUGGUUGUACCAAAUUGGCAAGAUGAGGAUGAAGAAAGUAAUUUUGAAGCAGAACAUGGUGAUGAUGAAGGAGCUGCAGAUGUGUACUCUAGGGAAAGUGAUCCUCGGACUUUUGUGACUUACGAUGUAUUUGCAAAUGAAAUAUGGCCAAAAAUGAUAAAAGGUAAAAGCUUGUACAAUCCAGCACUGGUUUGGAAAGAAAUAAAAUCAUUUCUGAAAGGCUCUUUUGAGGCACUGAGUUGCUCUGGAGGUAAACUUACUGAGGAGCAGUACAAAAAGCUAGGCCGAAAGAGAUCACCGAACUUCACAGAAGACAGGAGUGAAAUCUAUCACCUCUUUUGUCUUUAUCAACAGAUACGAUCACAGAGAGGUUACUUCGAUGAAGAAGAUUUGCUGUAUAAUUUAUCUCAAAGACUCUUAAAGCUCAGGGAGCUGCCAUGGUCCAUCCAUGAGUUUUAUGGUGACGAGAUACAGGAUUUCACCCAAGCUGAGCUAGCACUGUUAAUGAAAUGCAUCAAUGAUCCUAAUGCCAUGUUUCUAACUGGUGACACUGCCCAGAGCAUAAUGAAAGGAGUUGCUUUUCGUUUUAGUGAUCUGAGGUCACUGUUUCAUUACGCAAGCAAGAACUCCAUGAACAAGAAGCAGCGUGUUAGAAAACCAAAAAGGAUAUAUCAGUUGUACCAGAACUACAGGUCCCAUUCAGGUAUUCUCCGUUUAGCAUCUGGAGUGGUUGAUUUGCUUCAGCAUUAUUUCCCAGAAUCUUUUGAUCGGCUUCCUAAGGACUGCGGUCUCUUUGAUGGACCGAAACCUACGGUCUUGGAGUCCUGCAGUGUUAGUGACCUAGCAAUUCUGCUGAGGGGCAACAAAAGGAAAACACAGCCCAUUGAAUUUGGAGCGCAUCAGGUGGUAUUAGUGGCAAAUGAAACUGCAAAGGAGAAGAUACCCGAGGAACUUAGUUUAGCACUUGUACUGACAGUUUAUGAAGCAAAGGGCUUGGAAUUUGAUGAUGUACUCCUUUACAACUUUUUCACAGACUCAGAGGUGAAUGAUCUGGUCCCUGUUCAGAGAACUGCCUUGUCAGGGCACCAGGCAAAAGACAGCAACCACUUGGUUCUGUUUGUCUGGAUCCUCCUUGCUCCAAGUCUGCUUAGUGCUACAGUGACAAGGAGGUUGGCUAGUAAAGAAUGGAAGAUAAUUUCUUCUUAUACUCCUGAUUCGGAUGUGCAAAUAGGAAGCAAAUUGCUAAUCGAAAUGCCUUUAGAGGAUGCUACUGGUAUGCAGAAAAGAACUCCUUUUAAUGUAGAAAUGUACAAGAUGCUGAAUGGAGAACUAAAGCAAUUGUAUACUGCUGUUACAAGGGCCAGAGUCAAUCUUUGGAUUUUCGAUGAAGACAGUGAUAAACGGGCUCCAGCUUUUAAGUAUUUCAUCAAAAGAGAAUUUGUUCAGGUUGUCAAAGCAGAUGAAAAGAAAGACUUAGAUGACAGCAUGUUUGCUAAAACUUCAACUCCAGAAGAAUGGAUUGCACAGGGAGACUACUAUGCUAAACAUCAGUUCUGGGAGGUGGCAGCCAAAUGUUACCAAAAGGGAGGAGCAGCUGAGAAGUCAAAACUGGCCCUGGCACACGAUGCUGUUCUCAAAGUGCACUCAAAGAAAAGCAGCCCCAGGGAAAAACAGAUGGAAUAUAUGACAUUGGCUAAAACUUACUUGGAAUGUGGAGAACCAAAACUAUCACUAAAAUGUCUGUUUCAGUCAAAGGAGUUCCGGCUUUGUGCAGAACUGUGUAGAAAGUUAGGAAAGAUGAAAGAUGCCGCAGUUUACUAUCAGAAAAGCCAGUGCUACAAAGAAGCAUCUGAAUGUUAUGAACAAAUUGAGGAGUUUGAUCUGGCAAUUAAAAUGUAUUGUCAGGAAGAACUCUAUGAAGAGGCAGCAAAGGCAGUUGAAAGAUAUGAAGAGAUGUUAAAUACAAAAGGACAAAUGGUUUCCAAACUCUCAUGUACAGCAAAUCAGUUGUAUUUGGAAGCAGCUGCAAAGUACUUGAGUAUGAACAGAACUGAGGAAAUGAUGCAAGUCCUCUCAAAACUUGAUAUAGAGGAUCAGCUUGAGUUUCUGAAGUCUCGUGGAUGCUUGCGCCAAACAGCAGACUUGCUGAAAAGGGAAGGUCGAGAGGAAGAAGCUGCAAAGUUAAUGAAACAACACGGGUUUGCUCUGGAAGCAGCCAACCUCACAGCUAUAAAAGAAUUUCGUGCAUUGUGUUUGCUUGCUGCAGCACGUGCCGGUGUGACUCGCUGUUCAGAAUCGGACCUGGUGGACUUGGAGGUCAUCCUAAGAGAAGCCCUCGAACUUUGUGAACAAACUGAGCAGAAGUCUGGCAUUGCUGAGGCUGUGUUUUUGCAGGGAACUCUGAAGGGAGACUUCGCAAAGCUGAGCAACGCAUACUGUCAGUUCCUAUCUCUGAAUCACUCUGCUGGUGCGGUUGAAGCUCUCUUUGCAUUAUCUCGCUGCAGCACUCAUAACCAGAACAUCCUCUUUAUGGCAACGCGUGGCUUAAUGGCUCUUCUGAGUCUGGUUAAGGGUUUGAAGAAAGCAGCCACCAAUGCGGAGAAAGAUAUGGUGAAGUCAUGCUUUGCUUAUUUUGGGAUUGUCCCAACAGGUGACAGUUGCCAGGUGUCUCAAAAUGAAGCUGAACCCAUUCUCAAGUUUUUGCCAGACAAGCCAAGUCUAAAAGAGAGGAAGACAAAAGGUGAUCUCUCAGUAAGCACACAGGAGGUAAAAUCAGCUUUGAAGCAGCACUUGUUAAGCAGGUUGUGCUCUAUCACCCAUGUGUUACUGAACAGGCAUUACCCUGGUAUUUGUAUGAAGUUCAUUGUUGGCUUGAACUGUGAAGAUAAAACCUGUGAGGAUUACCAUAAACCCUUGUUGCGCCAUGAAGCAAAGACAAUAUUUCAGUGUAAAAUGCAUCUGGUGGCAAUAAACGGACUGCUGUUGGAAGCCACACGCACUUUCCCUAAAGAGCUACUGAAUCAGUGCAAAAGCUUUGAUGAUAUUUUGACUGCUGACAAAUAUGCAUCGUGUACAGCCCUCCUAGAAAUGUUUUUUCCUAAUCAUUUUCAUUUGAGAAUACUGUCUGAGAACCCAAAGGCAUGCAAAGAAAUACUGGAAUUCAGUAACAUUAUUUCCAAACCCUGUAGAGCAGUGUUGAAGGAGUACAUCACAUUUAAGUUUAAAAAUGAAGACACUGCAGCCAGAAGAGAAUCAACUGACUUGUGGCUAAGGGCCAUGCAAGUUUUCAUCUUAUCUUCAGGAUAUCCUGAGGAAUUUGAGAAACUCCUUUUUAAGGAAGAGGAUGAUUAUAACAAAGAGCUAAACUUUGCGUUGUCAAAGGCAAAAAACUCCCCAAAGAGUAAAGGCCAAGGAGGAAAGGCCAAAGGAAUAGAGGGCAGACAUGGUAUGUUGCUGCCUGACAAAAAUGCCGAAAAUGCAGGAAGAACGCACUUGUGCUUCAUUCGACUUCUUGAAAAUUCACUUGAGCAAUUCUAUGUUCAUAAGAACCCGGAAAACUGUAAAAGGUUUUUUUUCCGUUUUAUGAAUGUCCUGGUCAAGAAAUGCACAAGAUACCUGAUUCCAAGCAUAGGAAACACGGUGAUGUUGUUGGAAUUCCAGUAUAUGCUCUGUUGUGCUGUCCUGAUGCGUCUCUCCAAGAACAUUACUCUCUGCUUUCCGAAGAGUUACAUUGCUCUCAUUCAUUACUGGGAGUUUUUGUUCAGAAGCAAGGACCUUAACAAAGAACUUAGAGACACAUUUUCUAUUAUACAGGAGUAUAGACCAAAGGAUGCAUAUGUAGCUGUACAGAAUUUCAGAUUUCAUCUCUGUUAUCUAGCAGAAGUUUUGUGUGGAGUUCAUGGAAAGUUCAAUGUCCUUUUGGAUGCUUUUGAGGAUCCUGAUUGCAUAACUUCAGGGGAGGCUGAGCGGACCGUAGUGCUGUGCUUAGUGAUGUUACUGAAUGCUGACCAGGUACAGAAUUCUAGAUAUAGAUCCCUCUUACACCACCACUUCCCUGAAAUCAAGGUGAUGCUAAAAUCAAUGAGAAAAGACUCUCCCUCUAAAGUGCCUGAAAGAUUGCUAAGGGUUGUGGAACAAGUGAGUGAUGCUACACACGUAAGAGAAAUCGCUGCAGGCCUGCAAGAGCUGCUGACAGAGCGAGAUGCAGAGUACUUGGUUGACUGCCGAUGGAAGUGGGACUCUGCAUACACUCAGGGGCAUCCACCCAUACGGGGCAUCCUGUAUGAAACCAUAAACCUUGACAGGUUUAUGACCUCUUUGGAUAAGACAGAAUACAAUGAUGAGCUAGAAAAGGAACUUGAAAGGGUUCAUUGCUUAGAGGACCAAAAGGAUCCCCUGGAAGUCAUUGCACUCAGCAAGCAACAGAAGCAAGAGCAGAAAGCAUCUGCUCAACGCCAGCUGCGUCGUGUCUUCCAUUUUGUUUUCCUAUGCAUGAAGUGGAAAAGGAAGGCCUCCUCCAAAGCUGAGCCUGUUGCAAUGGAAGGAGAGGAAUUUUUAUCAGAGAUCUUCAAAAAAGCAGAUAUUGACCAAACCCAGUGUGACCUCUGUGGAGUCAGAUUUAUCCAGAGCUCUGAGAACUAUUUCAGCCGGUCAGAAAACAUAGAGGCAGACACUUCUGAAGCUGUGACACCAACAGAGAUCAGCGGGGAAGAAAAGUUGCAUGCAGAAGGAAACGCAGUUUCUGUGGCCAGUGAGGCUUACGUAGAGCACAGAAACACAGAUGAACACAGAAAUAAUAACAUUGCCUACAAAUACUACGCCGACUUUUUUAGAAGAAAGAUAGAUCCAAUAAUAUAUGAUGGACUGGAAGUAGCGGAGGCCAUUACAGAAAAGACUUACACCCGAGACUACUUAGCAUAUAAAGAAGGUUCCAACUUACGCCAGAGAAAAAUCAAAGAGAAUAUUAAGAAGAUUUCAGAUGCGGUAGAGGAAAUCUAUGAGAGAAAAGCCUGGGCUAAAGCUGAAGAAAUAAUAACCAAACAUGCCAACAAAUUGGUUGCCACCAUUGAUGAGGCUCGUAAGUGGCUGAAGAAAAUGGACUCUCACAGGAUAAAAGAAGAAGGCUUUGUGCAUGACAGAGACUUGGAAAAUGAAGUGGAAGAUGAAAGCAUGACUUUUGAAGAACUUGUCUAUAAAAAACCCUCAAGAAAAAAAGGAAGAUGUGGGAAAUGGUAAUGAGAAAAAAUAUGCAGGAUUAAAAAAUUGUUAAAAAGAAAA